AUGCCGCGAAUGCGAGUUCGAGGACCCGAAGGGACAUCCACCAUAACUCUUCCCGACGAUGCCAGAAUCAGUGAUCUCAUAUCUGAAAUAACCUCAAAGACCUCUCUCACAAAUUUCGAUAUUAAAUAUGGUUAUCCGCCAAAACCGCUUCUCCUUUCUCAAAGCGAGCCUUCAUUACCUCUGAGCAAGUUAGACAUCAAGUUAAAUGGCGAACAACUUACGAUCAGCUCAAGAGAGGAACGUAAAUCUGUGGGAUCACCAAAAUCGACUUCACCUUCUAAUUCUAAGACCUCAUCUAUCCCCCCUCAAGUAAAAGAUAGACAAACAGCAGAGGCGAAGUCAUUUUCUUUUUCUGGUAUGCAUGGUGAUGCGAAAAACACAUCGAAUUCUACAGCUCCUGUGUCACUUUCGCGUAAGAGAGGUAUCGCCGGAGAUGUACCUGAAAUUCCAAUUCCCGAACUUCAGGCUACACUUGUUCUCCGUGUCAUGCCAGACGAUAACUCAUGUCUUUUCCGAGCUUUUGGAACGGCAGUUCUUCCUGGUGAUGAUCUUUCUAUGCAUGAGCUUCGAUCCGUCGUAGCUUCUACCAUCCAAGGCAACCCCGAACUUUAUAGCAAAGUUGUAUUAGAACAAGAACCUGAUGACUACUGUCGCUGGAUUCAAACCUCUGAUGCUUGGGGUGGAGCGAUCGAGAUGGGUAUUUUGGCCGAGGCCUUUGGUAUAGAGGUCGUUUGUGUCGAUGUUCAAUCCCUCUCCAUCCACAAAUUCCACGAAUCUGGCUCCAACAAUAGAUGUGUUCUGGUCUAUUCUGGAAUCCAUUAUGACAUGCUUGCUCUUUCUCCCUUCUCCUCAACUCCCGAAAACGACGUUCGAGUUUUCGAUAAGUCUGACGAUACCAUAAUUGCUAAAGCAGUAGAACUAUGCUCAAAAUUGAGAGACAAGCAUUAUUAUACUGAUACAGGAGGGAUGGCUAUCAAGUGUAAAGAUUGUGGUGUGAUUAUUCAUGGGGAAGCUCAAGCGGCAGCUCAUGCGCAGCAGUUGGGUCAUUACAAUAUGGCUGAGGUUGAUACCUGA